CCACUGUAACCUUGGCUCCAUGCGACCGUCGCGACGCCUCACGAGAUCCCCUCGACGCCUCCUCCGAAUUAGCGGGGGAUUACUUGUCGAUCGGGAGGAGAGUGGGUGUGGAUGUUUGUUUGAUUUCGAUCGACGGAAAGGUGUUCGCGUAUGACGCCUCCGAACCAACACAUACACGCUCGAUCGGCUCAUCGGGUUACAUCUGCGGCGUGCCUUAAGACGUGUCCAUUUUUGGUGUCGUGGCCUCGCCCGGUGCAGGAGGUAUACCGCGACGUGUCCUCGCGCGACAGUCGCAGACAUGGAUUCUCAUCAGCUACGUUGGUUACAAGUCAUGGUGAUGGCGCCCAUGCUCCAUGCAGCCAUGUUCUACGCCAUGUGCAACGCAUUCUCUCGCUGCUGCCCCCCGGACAGCGUGACCAUGCCCUGUCGGUGUUCGGGGCCAAACACAUUCACUGUGCUCACGUGUGACGGACUAAUCUCCACGAGGCAGGUGGAAAGGGUGGCAUCUCGACUAGUGAGUCACUCACUGGACUACGGCAAGUUCAGCAUGUCCAACGCCAAGGUGAUGAAGCUGGAGAAAAGCAUGUUCGGUGACCUGCGUUUCGAGUACAUCCAGGUGAAAAAGUCCACCGUAGUCGAGGUCGAGGACGGUGCCCUGGAGCCGUCGCGCAACACACUGCGCCGCCUGGAGGUGGUCCACUGCGAACUCAAGUCGUUCCCAUUCCAGAACGUGUCCGCCUUCCCAAAGCUGGAGAGCCUCUCGCUCCAGUACAACAAUCUCAAGGCGGUACCGGACUACGCCUUCAGGUACAAUCCCGGCCUGAAGAAGGUGAACCUGUCGUUCAACAAGAUCGCGUACGUGGGCAACUACGCCUUCUACUACGUGCCUUUCCUGGAGGAGCUCAACCUGCGCAACAACAAGCUGAAGGUGCUGAACAACAACGCGUUCGCGGUGCACGUCAAGCCCAACAACGACAUGGUGCUCGACCUGUCGCACAACCAGAUCGUGCUCAUCGCCGACAACGCGUUCCACAACGAGAACUUCCGCCUGCUCAACAUGUCACACAACCGGAUACGUUCGUUUCCCGAGAAGCAUUUCCGGCCUCUCCUAGUCCGUAUGGCUGUUCAGCUGGAAGGCACCAUUGACGUUGAAGGUAACCGGAUGAACUGCACGUGCGACGCGCUGCAGUGGCUGCUCCGCAUGCAGCCCUACUACCGGCGCUUCGUCAAGGGCUUUGUGUGCUCCGAGACGCACAAGACGCUCGAGCACAUGAACACGUGGGACCUCGACUGCGCGCAGGGAGGAGGGAACCACGACGUAGAAAAGCACAAGCCGUACCUGCGGCUGGCCUGAUGGACCGACAAGGACACGUUACUGAGCUUGUACGCAAAACUUCUAUGGUAUAUUUUACAGAUGGGUCUCGGUGCUGUCAUGUAGGGCUGUUAACCUUCCUGUUCUGUACCUUGAACUGUUAAACAAAGACUCUCAAAUGCGCGGGCUGCCUGCGGCCCACGGACUUGUCGAUAUAGGCCCGAGGCUCACACAUGACUCUCCUCGUCCCAUAGGUUUCUUGUUUAGUUCCUUAGUAGGUAUGCUCGUGUGAACUACACAGCCCCCCUCCUCUCUUCUCCCCGCUAUCACCAUAAGUGGGCGCGUAGCCAUGAAACAACAAUCAGAAUCAGCGUCCAAAUUUUAGUCAUUUUGAACACGGUAGAACUAGUUGGUAUCGUGGCACCAAAUCCCCUUCAAAUCCGCAUACCUAUAUCGAUAUAUCGGGUAUGGAAAAAAUUAUACAAUCGACAGCGUUUACUGAAGUUCUGUACAAACUAUAGCCCCCGCUUUUACUUUUUAGACAUUCCUGGCCCUUGCAUGAGUAAAUUUUGACUGCGUCCCGUUGGCGGUGAGUUUGAGACCCUUUAACUAAACAAACCGCGCUGUACGAUGGAAGUGUUCACACGAAAACGGCUGCGUUACCGCGUUCGACGUUCCGAGACCUUAUCAAUUCAUGUCGAGAAUAACAGCGAAUACGAGAAUUUCAUUCAAUAACUCGAGGUGAAGGUGCCUAUUCGAGAUACGUGAAAUUGCCUGCGGGGCAGCAUCAAUGCUUGCCGCGAAAUCCGUUGUCAUCAUGCGUCACCAGAAUGUGAGAUCGAGCGAUGACAUCUUAUGAAGAGUUUAGCAGGGCAGCAGUGACCGACGAGCCUUCGUGAAUGCUUGACUAAAAUGUGAGGGUAUCUAAUAAAUGUUCACUUUCGCUACAAUUUUCCGCUGAGAAGAACACUCAAGUAAUGCAGGACUACUUCCAACGCAUUGCAGUUAGACUACACGUCACGUAAGUUGUACUAUAGAUGGCCUCCACUGACGUCCCUGAAA